UUUUUAUUUAAAAAAAAAAAAAAAACUAGAUGAAGAUAAUGGUUAGACUGAAUUAAUCCAAAUAUAUGUGUAUCCGUAUUACUAUCCGAGUCAUAUGUAUUUUAAAAUUAAGACACCCCGAUUAAUACGUUUUUUUCGUCAAUUGUAAGUAAUGAGGUUAAAUACUGUCGCUGUCUUCAGUGUUUUAGUUAUGUACUGAUAAGUAGUCAGUUACAUCGCAGUACUAUUGCGUAUUGUAUUCCAUCCUUUUUUACAACACGGAUACAUUAAAUAAAUUAGGGAGAUGGUCUUAUUGACAUAAAGUAUGCACGAUUUCUAAAAUAAAGUACGACCUUUUGAAAAUUUGGUUUGCAGGUACAGCGGACACAAGCUACAUUUAUCAGGAUUUAGAUGGACAACAUAAUUACUGAAAUAUAAAAACGCGACACUACCUGAGUAGAGAGAACUUGAAAAAUGGAUGUCGCUUAUGUGUGCGAGUGGGAGAAGAGACCGAAAAGCAAUCAUUGUCCCUCUAUCCCUCUGGUUUGCGCGUGGUCGUGUAGAAAUCUCAUUGCCUUCACCACCGAUCUCAAAAACGAAGAAGAUGAGAAAGAUCUCAGUCAUAUGAUCCACAUUAUUGACACAGAACACCCUUGGGAUGUGUACUCUAUAAAUUCAGGUCAUACAGAAGUUAUCUCCUGUCUUGAAUGGGACCAGUCAGGUUCCAGACUGCUGUCCGCAGAUGGAGACGGGCAGAUCAAGUGCUGGGGGAUGACGGAGCACCUGGUAAACAGCUGGGAGUGUACCAUGGGCAGCGCAGUGGAGGGUGACCCAAUUGUGGCCCUGUCCUGGCUGCACAAUGGGGUCAAGCUGGCUCUGCAUGUUGAAAAGUCUGGCUCCACCAACUUUGGGGAGAAGUUCUCGCGGGUGAAGUUCUCACCGUCCCUGACACUGUUUGGCGGGAAGCCGAUGGAGGGCUGGCUGGCGGUGACCGUGAGUGGGCUGGUGACGGUGUCACUGCUGAAGCCCAGCGGUGCCUUGCUGACGGCCAGCGAGAGCCUGUGUCGGCUGCGAGGCCGUGUCGCACUGGCCGACAUCGCCUUCACCAGUGGCGGCAACAUCGUGGUGGCGGCAGCGGACGGGAGCAGCUCCUCACCCGUGCAGUUCUUCAAGGUGUGCGUCAGCGUUGUCAAUGAGAAGUGUCGUAUUGACACAGAGCUGCUGCCCUCACUAUUCAUGCGGCUCACCAUCGAUGCCGUGCGGCGGGAGAAGUACCCCGCCGUCACUCACCUCAAGUUCCUCACGCGGGAGAACUCGGAGCAGGUCUUGCUGUGCGCUUCCAGUCAGAUGGGCAGUAUCGUUGAAUGCUGGUCAUUGCGCAAAGAGGGCCUUCCUGUCAAUAACAUCUUCCAGCACCGCUCGCCUGUGGUUGGAGAGAAGCAACCGACUAUCCUGAAAUGGCGCAUCCUCUCUGCCACCAAUGACCUGGACCGCGUGUCAGCCAUUGCUCUGCCGAAGCUGCCCAUCUCCAUCUCCAACACCGACCUCAAGGUGGCAUCUGACACCAAGUUCUGCCCUGGCCUUGGCCUGGCGCUGGCCUUCCACGAUGGCAGCAUCCAGAUCCUGCACCGGCUAUCCCUGCACACAAUGGGUGUCUUCUAUGGCCCGGCCUCCUGUGGGCCCUCGCAGCGUGUGGGCGAGGAGCCUGCCAUCAAGCGGCAGCGUGCCCCUGGCCCCGCCGCCCACUUCAAAGCCCUGCAAUUCUCCUGGACCUCGCUGGCACUGGUCGGGAUUGACAACCACGGCAAGCUGCACAUGAUUCGCGUUUCACCAUCCAUGGGGCAGAUGCUGGAUAUGAAUACGCUGUUGCGCCACCUGCUGUUCCUGCUCGAGUACUGCAUGGUGACGGGCUACGACUGGUGGGACGUGCUGCUGCAUGUGCAGCCAGGGAUGGUGCACAACCUGGUGGAAAAGCUGCAUGAGGAGUACAUGCGUCAGAACCAGGCCCUUCAGCAGGUGCUGUCGACCCGCAUCGUGGCCGUCAAAGCGUCCCUGUGCAAGCUGUCCUCCGCCACGACAGCGCGUGCCUGCGACUUCCAUGCCAAGCUGCUCCUCAUCGCCAUUAGCUCCACUCUCAAAUCGCUACUGCGGCCACACCUGCUCAACACACCGGACAAGACGCCUGGGGACCGGCUGGCUGAGAUCUGCGCCAAGAACACGGAUACAGAUAUUGACAAGGUGAUGAUCAACCUAAAGACAGAGGAAUUUGUGCUGGACGCUUCCACACUGCAGAGCCUGCAACAACUCAUCCAGUGGGUGGGGGACUUUGUGCUUUACCUGCUGGCCAACCUGCCAAACCAGGGCUCCAUGGUACGGCCCGGCUUCGGCUUCCUGCGUGAUGGCCCCUCCCUGGGCCUGCUCCGCGAGAUGAUGGUGGUGAUCCGCAUCUGGGGCCUGCUGAAGCCGGGCUGCCUGCCAAUCUACACGGCCACGUCGGACAACCAGGACAGCAUGUUCUUGCUCUUCCGCCUGCUUACCAAACUCUGGCUCUGCGUGCGGGACGAGGGCCACCCCCAGGAGCCAGACGAGCCCCUCAUCGACGAGUGCUGUCUCCUCCCCAGUCAGCUGCUGGUGCCCACACUCGACUGGCUGCCCAUCAAUGAUGGCAUCAUCUGCAAACUGCAGGGCAAGCACCCCCUGCGGCUGCAGUUCGGGAAGCCCCACAGCCUGCCCGGGCUCGGCCCUGGCCCCCCCUCCCAGGUGGAGGUCUUCUCCAGGACCCCUGGCUGUCAGCGGAUGGACCACCUGCGCUGUCUGCACAUGGGGGUCUGUCCCACCGAGGACAGCAAGGCCUGCACCAGGUGCGGCUGUGUCACCAUGCUCCAUUCACCUAACAAGACCACGGCCGUGAAGCAGUGGGAGCAGCGCUGGAUGAAGAACUGCUUGUGUGGAGGCCUGUGGAGGAGGGUCCCCAGCAGUGUGGCCUGAGGGAAGCUGGAGGGGCGCAUGGGGACAGCCCGGACUGCAGGGGGCGCACAGGGGCCGCCCCGGUUUACAGAGAGCCUCGGCAAGGGCGGCACAUGUGGCAUUGCAGCUUAUGUCCCGUAAGCCGCAGAGAUACAGUAACAGAAGAGUCCCAGAUCAUGUACCAUCACUUAAACAUGCCGAAUCGGAGCAAGAAAACACACUGAAUUUGUCCACACUUAUUUUUAUAGCGGUUUUUAUUGGAACACAUCCCAGCACUUUUUCCACCCCUAUAACAAACUCUAAUAAAAACCCAGUAGCUGUGAGAGUUUCUGCGUUAAUGAUCUGAUGAAUCGUGUGCCAGGUUUGAGAAGGGUUGGAAGUGCUGGGAAAGCUAUUUCUGACUGGCUCCCAGUGAGAGCCUGCCGUUUAGCCCCAGUCUGUGGACGUAGUAAUUAUGUCAUCUUUAGACUAAAAUGGACUUUUUAUACUUUUGUUACAGUUUUUAUAAGAAAAAAUGCCAGCAACAAUGGAAGCAUGAUAAUAAAUGAAACUGUGUGUGA